UAAGGCGCGACGCAGGCCCCGUGCAGGUCAUUAGGGGCAGUAUGUUUCGAUUAGCUGGAACGCUCCGGUCGUGUGUUCGGUGGAAGCCGGAGAUAGCGCUUCUAGCGCGGAACUACAAGAUAGAGCCGGUGGGCCGAGAUGUGGUGCUGUUCGAGCACCGGAGGCCGCGCUUCUUCCGCCUGUUGGGGGCGUUUUGUGUGGCUCAGACCGGCUUCUGGGCGUACUUGGCGCACUUCGGCUUCACGACUCUGCGGGACAUCAGACACAGCACCAGGGGGCAGGACGGGGAGGUGAAUGGCAGGAACAUGGGCUCCCCCUUGUGGAGGACGGCGUUCACUCUGGGCUGCCUGUCAGUGGGUACCCUUGUAAUGGUAGCUGGUUUGUUGUUCUCACGUCGCUCUGUCAACUCUGUGAUUCUUCAUGCUGGAGGAGAUAAAGUAACCAUCGUCACUGCAGGUUUUUUUGGGAUUAGUUCAUCAUUUAGUCUUCCUUUAAGACACAUUUCUUGUAUGGCUCAUCGCUCGGAGGUUCCUGCCAUGAUACCUCUUAAGAUCAAAGAUCGCCCUUUGUAUUACCUAAUGGACAAGCAAGGACAUGUUUCCAAUGCCAAGUUGUUUGAUCUCACAGUGGGAGCAUAUCGGAAGCUGUGA